AUGUCGAAUGAACUGGCCAGCCAGGCGGGUUGGGAAUCCAACCCGCUCUCCUUUCUCUACCGGCAAGCCGUCAUCACCCCGGCCGAAAUCCCGGAUGAGUUUGACCUCUCUGAUUGUACUCUUAUCAUGACUGGCGCUAGCAGUGGCCUUGGCCUCGAAGCCAGUCGCCAGUUUCUGGAGCGCUCACUGGGUAAGCUCAUCAUGGGCGUCCGGAAUACCGCAAAGGGAGAGGCUCUUGCCGAAGGCCUGCGGAGGGAGUUCCCCAUGGCCCAGAUCCAGGUAUGGCACCUCGAGAUGGAGUCAUACGAGAGUGUCCGGAACUUUGCCGCGCGGUGCAAGAAGGAGCUUUCCCGCAUCGACAUCGUCAUCCUCAACGCCGCCGUCGUUGCACAGAGCUACAUCCGCGCCCGUGAGGGUCAUGAGCUGAUGCUGCAAGUCAAUUACCUGUCGACGACACUGCUGGCCCUCCUGCUGCUGCCGACCAUGAAGGAGAAGAGGCCCCCGGGAGAGCCGGCGAGGCUGGUGAUUGUCAGUUCCGACUUCACGUACUGGCACACGCCUGAGGAGGACAUGGUGACGGGAUCCAUGUUCAAGCCUGCCGACAAUGAGAAUCUCUGGGAGUCGGGGAAGAACUACCAGCAGUCCAAGUUCCUGGGCCAGCUUUUCGUCGCCAAGCUUGCCACGUUUAUCAAUCCCAACGAGAUUGUCGUCAACCUUUCCAACUCCGGUCUUACUGGCGGGACAAACAUUGUCAAGCCGGCAAGCGAAAGCUUCUUUAUGGGCUUGGUAAAGAAGACGUUAGGGCGCAGCGUGGAGGUUGGCGCGCGGAGCUACCUCGAUGCUGCCAUUGUGAAGGGUAAAGAAAGUCAUGGAAGCUUCACAUCAGACGGUGUAAUCAAACCGUGGCCGACGGUGAUGUACACCUCUGAGGGAACUGGACUCAAGGAGAGGAUAUGGGCCGAGACCAAGAAGGAGCCUGGGUUCGCAGAGGCUUUUGCUGUAAUCGAGAAGGGUUUGUAG